GUGGCGUGGAGCGGAGCGGCGGCGCUUGGGGCCGGUCACCGCGGCCACCGCCGAGCCAUGGCCCCGGCGCUCGUCCCGCUCCGCCGGCUCCUCCUCCUGCUGCUGCUGCUGCUGGUGGUCCACGGCACCACUGCCAGGCUGGAGGAGAAGCUUGCCCAUGUUGAGACGUAUGAGACGGUGUUGCCGCGCAAGGUGCCGGCACCUCGGGGGAAGAGGGACCUCUCUGCGCCACUGAGCAUCUACCCAGACCACGUCCUCUACAGCAUCCGUGCCGAAGGCAGGGACUACCUCCUGCGGCUGGAGAAGAACAAGGAGCUGCUGGGGCAGCACUACACUGAGACGCACUACUCAGCCAAUGGCACAGAGAUCACGAAGAAGCCAGACAUUCAGCAGCAGGAUCACUGCUUUUAUCAGGGCCACGUGCAAGGACACACUGACUCGGCAGUGAGCAUCAGCACCUGCAGCGGGCUCAGUGGGUUUUUCCGGGUGAAUGAGACCACCUUCCUGCUGGAGCCCCUGGAGGAGGAUGUGGCCGGCCAGCAUGCCGUGUACAGAGCAGCUCACCUACGGGGGAAGCACGGCACGUGUCGAGAGUCUGGUGCCACCCUGGAAUAUGACCACGAACCAAAAAUUCCUGCAGCCAUGAAGCUCUACCACUGGAAAUCAGCUCCGUUACACAAAGGACCCCGAUACGUGGAGCUGGUCCUGGUUGUGGACAAUGAGGAGUUCAGGAAACACAAGGACUUGCGCACAGUGCAGAACCGCAUGAAGGAAAUUGUGAACCACGUUGACAAGCUUUAUCAGCCUCUUCGCCUGCGGGUGGCCUUGAUCGGCUUGGAGGUGUGGAGCCACAAGGACAAAAUCGUGGUCAGUCCUAACCCAGAGGUGACACUGGACAACUUCCUCCACUGGCGGGAGGCAGAACUGCUGCCAAGGAAGCCACACGACAAUGCCCAGCUGAUCACGGGCAUAGACUUCCACGGCACGACCGUAGGGCUUGCCAAGAAGCUUGUGAUGUGCACCAGGGACUCAGGCGGUGUCAACCAGGACCACAGCACGAAUCCUAUCGGCGCUGCGUCCACCAUGGCUCACGAGAUGGGGCACAACCUGGGGAUGUCCCAUGAUGAAGAUGUUGCUGGCUGCCGCUGUCCUGUCCCCAAAGCUGAUGGAGGAUGUGUCAUGGCGGCGAGUGUUGGCUUGGUUUACCCCAAGCUCUUCAGCCGCUGCAGUGAGCAGGACAUGUGGCAGUUCCUCGGGGACCCCAGGACCAGCUGCCUGCUGAACAUCCCUAGGGCAGAUGAGCUGUACGGGGGGCCAGUGUGCGGGAACCAGUUUGUGGAGCGGGGAGAGCAGUGCGACUGUGGCACGCCAGAGGAGUGCUCCGACCGCUGCUGCAAUGCCACCACUUGCCAGCUGAGAGAGGGAGCCGAGUGCGCCCGGGGGGACUGCUGCCAGGACUGCAAGGUGAAGGCUGCUGGUGCACUCUGCCGGGCCAGCAAGAACGACUGCGACCUGACUGAGCACUGCACUGGCCUCAGCGCUGAGUGCCCAGAGGAUGUAUUCCAGGAGAACGGCAUCCCCUGCCAGAAUGGCAAUGGCUACUGCUACAACGGGGCCUGCCCCUCGCAUGGCGAGCAGUGCCGCGCGCUCUGGGGUGCAGAGGCCCAGGUGGCUCCUGAUGUCUGCUUUAAGCACAACAGCGAGCAACAUCUUCACCUCCACUGCCUCACCGAGUAUGGGAAGCGGCCCUGCAGCCCCAAGGAUGUGAAGUGUGGCACGCUGUUGUGCCUCAGUGACAACGCCAGCCCCGUCCUUGGUGACGGCUCCUACUCCCUCUUUUUUGGCCGCUUCAAGUGCAAGGCGGUCAUCGCUAGCAACGAUGCCAACGAGGUGGUGGCCAAGCUUAGGCUGGUGCCCACAGGCGCCAAGUGCGGCGAGGAGAUGGUCUGCUAUGCUGGGCGCUGCCAGAACCUCCUGGUCUAUGGCAACAAGAACUGCUCGGCCAAGUGCAACAACCAUGGGGUGUGCAACCACAAGCGGGAGUGUCACUGCGAGCCAGGCUGGGCAGCACCCUACUGCGAACAGAAGAUUUCGGGGAUGGCAGCAGGGAGCGGCGGCGUGGUCUUGGCGGCUGUGCUGGCCGUGCUGGGGCUCUCUGGCAUCCUGCUUGGCAGCGGGGUUGUGCUCCUCAGAGGCAGGGGGACAAGGCACUUUCAGAAAGGGACCUCCAGCGGGCCUGCCGCUGGCCUCGCCAACCCACUCUUCCAGGAGGGUGGCCGGAUGCGACCCCCCCGCCGCCAGCUGUCCCGCCAUGACAUCGGCCAUCCCAACCUGCUCAGCAGCACGGCAGCCCCGCGGGACGCCAAGACCCUCAGGCCCUGCCGCCCGGCCCCACAGCCGCCAGCGCCAGCCCCCCAGGUGACAUCUCCAGCCUCUCCAGGACAGCCCCUGCAGGCGAAGCCAAAGCCGCCCAGCAAGCCUCUCCCAGCACUGAAGAGCAAGGCGCAGUGCCGUGGCGAGGGGCCGCCAGGACCAGCCCUCCCGUGCUCUCCGAUGACACCCCCCUCGGUCUUUCAGCAGGGCGUCCCCCCGAAGGUGGCCCUGAAGCCGCCCCCAGCCAGGAGGUGACCAAGGAUGCUCCAUCCACCACCGCGGCUGAGGAGUUGCUGGCUCUGGCGCUUGGGUGGCACAGCUGGGGAGCCGCCGUCUGGCUUCCACCCUUACUUGAAUUGCUCACCAGACCCUCCCCCGGGAGUGCACCAGUGUUUACGGAUAUUUGAGUUGUGCCUUAACAGACUUCGUAGCCUCGUGGCUGGCCCAGGGAGAGCCGUCAGCUGGGGGCUUCGUGAGGAGACCAGGAGCGGGGAUGAUGCCAGCUCUGGUUUUGAGGCCAGCCCUGAGCUGGUCCAGGCUCUCCUGCGCCCUGAGAGCUGCUGCCUUCUCUCCCGAUGACCUGAAUGUGUCCUGCUCCUCCUGCCCCUUCGCUGCUGGGGCCAUGGCGAGGAGUUCCUGGCAUCGCCCGCCAGGCUGGCCAGGGCAGAAGUGCUGCAGCGCAGGGACAGUGCCCCAGGGCCACCGCCCUGGCUGGGGACAGUCACACGGGGGGUCUCGCUAGGGGCUUUGGCAGGUCCAAGCUGGGCUUGGCUUCCCUGUAGGGCUUUUCUCUCUGAGGUUAUCACUUGAGUUACCAUUCUCCUGAAAGGGAAUUUCCUGGGAGCCUUUUUACUGUAGCCAUUAACUUAUGACCCUUAUGUGACCAUUUUGAGCCAUCUGUUGUGAAACCAGGCCUACCCAUUUUUUAUAUAAUUUAGGUUGAAGGCUUUUAUACCAAUAAAGACUGAAGGUA